UUCGUUGAAUAUCUUUAUUAUAAAACAUUUUGGUGGUAAACCUCCCCAUAGACUUACUCCAUAUAUAGAAGUUUUACAAAUUCAUGUAAAUAAAGUUAACAAAGCUGCUGUUUGUAAAGCUUGUAUCGACAAAUUAGGAAAAAAAGUAGCACUCGAAAGAUCUAUUUUUACUAAUACAAAAGCUUGCACUAAA